UACGUAGUCGCUGUGUGUGAGAGGAGACACUAAUGUAGUGCACAUGCUGCGCUUAGUUUAAUCAACAACUAUUCGUGUUCAAGACGAUUGUUGAUCGUUCAGGAAGUACAACACGGAAGUAGACCGUAUGUGCUUUUGAGAGGAGAAGAGACAUUGUAACGGGUAUUGCGAGAGUUGAAAUUGACCUCGUUCCUUGUUUACAGCAGAUUCCAGUCAGUAAAUUACUCGAAUCUGGUGUGUAAGAGAGCUGCUGAUAGUUCAGUAAAGAUUACAUUGUGCGAGUUUUCCAGUGUAGACAGUCUUCCCCAGAACAGAAGAAAAGCCGCUGUGUUUGCAUUAAUGAAAGAGGGGAGAGUGAGGCCCGUCUCUGAAAUGAAAGAAGAGAUGGAUAUGCGCGCAUCCUCCGCGUCUCUCCUGGAAGAAGAACUCGCCUCUGCUAUCGAGCCUGCAGUGAAAGCGGCUGUGCUGAGCGUCAUGUCUGCAUUAGCAAAGUUCGUGGACAGUAAAUGUGCAGUUUUCCACCUCAGACUGGACGAGAGAGACCACGAAUUCGAAAGCGUGAGAUUGCGAUUGGAAAUAGCGGAGAGCGAGUUGAAAUCGAUGCGGGGCGGAGAAUACACGAGCACUGGCGAUAAAAACUUUACACAAUCUCUCACGAACACCAGUGAACAAUACUGCGGGGUUGGGUUUGAUAUCAUUCAUGUACCCGAGCUGGAGCAGGGAGAGCGCAGUUUGGAGCACACAAGGGCAGCGGAGUGGAGACACGCAGUGGAAGGUCCUGCACAGAGAAAUGCUGUCCCUCAUGCUGAGGAAGGGUCGAAGGCAGAAUCAGCUCCCAUUCAAGUGGAGCUCUUUGCCCAGGAAUGGUGUAGGAGUCCAAAGCAGGCUACAGAGCUGACAUCUAUUGAAGGGAAGGAGGAGGAGGAACCUGCACUAGAUCCUGUCCACAUUAAUGAAGAGAUCCCUGGAAUUGAACCGGUCAUCAUUAAAGAGGAGGUUCUUGAACGUGAAUCUGACCCCAUUGAAGAGGGGGGUUUUGACCACUUUGACAGACGGCAGCAAAUUCACACAGGACAGAAACUGCAUCUUUGCCUUGUAUGUGGGAAGAGUCUCAGUACAUCAACGGAGCUGAAAAGACACCACCGAAUUCACACAGGGGAAAGACCCUACUGCUGCUCUGAAUGUGGAAAGAGUUUCAAUACCUCUACAGAUCUGAAAAGACACCGUCGUAUUCACACAGGAGAGAAGCCAUAUUGCUGCACUCAGUGUGGGAAGAGUUUCAAACGGUUACACCAUCUUAAAACACACCAGCAAAUUCACUAUCGAAAUAAACCUGUUUCACUGUAGUGGGUGUGAGAAGAUCAGGUAGGAAAUCUGGUGUCACACCUUCGGGUUCACACAGGGGAGCAGUUGACUCACUGCGCUCAAUAAGAGAGAUUUUAUUUUCCGCUCUCAGUUGAAAAAGCACACAGUAUCCAGACACUUCGCUAGGAGCAGCAGCAUUACUGAAAAAUAUAAAAAUUUAAAACUCUGAAAUUAGUAAAUGCAUGUGACUAAAAAAGCAGAAAUGCUAAACAAAAAUGAAACUGAAAUUUACAGGAUCGCUCUGUGAUUGUUGCGUUUCUGAUUUUGUCAUUAUUAAAAAACAAACAAAAAUAAAACCUGUUCUGUUUUGUGGCAAGGUGCCCCGCCCCUGUGUGUAUUUUUUGUGUUUUAUGUUGUAUGUAGUGUGUACAUUUUGGUGUUUAUGUAUAAUGUACACGGAUUAUAAUGUGGGUUAUGUGCACAGGUGAUAUAAAGUGUAAUUUGUAGUUAGACUUGAGGAUGGCACAAAUCACUUCACGUGCAAAUUAAAAGAGUAUUUCUAUAGAAGCACGGGAAGGGCACAAAUUAAUUCACAUGCUGAUAUACCGAGAUUCCAGUUGAAUGAUUGAUUAGCAAUCGAGUCUCGGUACAGCUGCAUAAAAACAGCAUGUUUUUACUCACUUGGGGUUGUGUGUUUGUGACUGGAGGACGGAUGGAGUUAAGAGAGUAAGAUUUCUAGAAAAUAACAAUUGCUAUUUCGUGCUGGAAGCUCCAGCUCUGUAAUUGAUUAGUGUUCAUCCACUUUGUUUGUCUGUCUGUUUACUUUGGCCAAUGAGACGUUUUGUUUGUUCAGUCUGUGUUUUCUGUUUUG